AUGAAGCCAAAACAUCCUAAAUUGUCCCGUACUUGUAAUGCGGAAAAAACAACACCGCAAAUACAAAUAAUACCUGAUGACAAUAAUUCCAAUGAAGAAUUAGCAGAUCCUUUUGUAUGUGGUAGUGAUUCUAUGGAUGAAGAUAAGAGUUUUGAGCCUGGUCCUGGCGAUAGUGUGUCAGAUAGUGAUAGUGAUGACAGCGUUUCUUCGCCAAACACCAGCAGUGCCAUCACACAAUCUGUUUCAAAUAAAACUCAAUAUAAGAAAAGAAAACUUAAUAACGUUAUUGUCAAAAAUAAGAGGGAUAGAGCACUGGGAGUUAGCGGAAAGCUAUUGACGACUUUUUUUACAAUGGUAUCCACGUCUACAAACAAUAACGACAAAGUCGGAACUUGCCAAAUAUGCAAAAAACAAAUUCAAAUGAAGAAUGCUAAUAACACAGGAUUAAAGAGACAUUUAUUUGCACGUCAUCAAAAGCAAUAUCAUGAAAUAUUUCCCGAAGUUGAGGCUGCAGCAAUAGCAGAAGCGAAAAAGUCUGGAUCUCGACAAGGAAACAUAAAAGAAAUGUUUAAUUUUGAUUUACAAAAUCAGAGUAAAAAGCCACCCGCUAUUACCCAGAAGAAGUUUGAAGAAAAGCUAGUUGAAUGGAUAGCUGUUAAAUAUCUUCCAUUCAGUUUUUUUGACGAUGAUCAGACGCAAGAAAUUUUUCAUGACUUCCGCCAGUUAGAAGAUUCCUCAGCUCUGUUGCCUAAACGUAGCGCUAUGAGGUCAAAAGUGGUACAACAUUUCUCUAAUAUGAAAAAUACUGUUAUGCAAAUCUUGAAAGAAAACCAAUCGAAAUAUUCCUUUACCGUUGAUGGUUGUACAUCGGUUUCUAACAAAUCUUACUAUGGUAUAACUUGUCAUUUUAUAGACGACACUUGGACAUUUCAAUCGCUUGUAAUAGAUUUUGUUCCCUCGCGUGGCCAACAUACCGGCAAAGAUAUUGGUCACUGUUUUUAUAAUUCGCUAGUUACAUACGAUUUGCAACAGAAAAUCCAAGGAAUUACUGAAGACAAUGUUUCUGCCAACACCUUAUUUAUGUCUGAACUUUCAAAAAUUAUUCACGAAAAACAUGGUAAAUUAUUUGAUGAAGAAGAUCAACAUUUUCGUUGUAUUGCUCACGUGCUAAAUUUAGCUGUGCAAGACUUAUUGAAGAUAUUAAAAAUUGAAAAUGACGGCGCUGACGCUGAAAUUGAAGCUGACACUGAAGACGAAGAAAUGGAAAUCGAAAACGAAAACUGUGAUGAUGAAGAAGAUACCAAUGUUGACACUUCCCCUGUUUUAAAAAUACGAGCUUUAUGCAAAAAAAUUAAAGCUUCGGAGCAAUGGCAGCUUAAAUUAAAAACCUGUUGCGAGCUAACUAAUGUCAAAAUGUUAACGCUCAUCAUUGACGUGCCUACAAGAUGGAAUUCGACAUUUGACAUGAUUAAAGUAUCAUUGAAAAUGCGACAUCCCCUCAACGCUCUUUGCGACAACAACGCCAAACUGAAAUUUUUACGCGUAAAUGAAAAUGAGUGGGAUCUGCUCAAACAAAUCUGUGGUCAUCUUCAUAGUUUCAAAUCUUUGUCUACUCUUCUUGGUGGAGAAAAAUACGUUACACUACCAAUGGUAGUGAUGAGCCUCAACAUUCUAAUCGACAAACUAGAAGAGGACGCACAACAUCUAGAUCAGAAAAUUGAUAGAACUGAAGUAGACGAAGCUAUAAUUUUAGCUCUGCAAGCUGCUCGCGACAAAAUUCUCAAGCACUAUGCGAAGACAAACUGGGUCCAGGUCACUCCUAUGUAUCAAUUCAUGGGCUACCUGUCAGCUUCAUGA